CAACACAUGUACAGAGCACGACCUGAAAAGACCUGAAGUGUACAUACGCGAAUAACUUUACUCCCAUGAAGCAGCCGACGGACUAUACCUUUGCAACUCUCACUGAUACUCUGGAGUCAAAUCCUGUCAUUCCAAACACCAUGAGCCAAGAGCACCGUGGACUACAUCCAGGUCUACGGCGAUUUAUGAUAUCAUAUGCCCCCGACUGGAUCAUAUCUGGUUCGCUUUGGGCAAUCUCUUGGGUCAUCGACAACCACAUCCAAGUAUCUGGGUUCAAGAGGCACUUCUCGUUAUCUGAUGUCUCAUUACGAUAUCCCUAUGCUGUUAAUGAACGCGUCGGGACAACGGCUCUUGGCUUCAUCUCUUAUGGCGUCCCAUUCGUGGUUCAGUGCCUUGUCAAUUUUUUGACAGUCCAGUCAUGGUGGGAUUUCCACCACAGCACUCUGGGAUUGACCCUCUCUCUGUCGAUGACAAGGAUCAUUACACAAUUUGUCAAAGUCACGGUUGGACGACCCCGGCCAGAUUUAAUUUCGCGCUGUCAGCCUACGACGGGCUCUGCAGAUCCUAUUUGGGGCCUAUCUACUGUAGAUAUAUGUACGCAGACGGUAUCGAGGAUACUCGAAGAUGGAUGGAGAAGUUUCCCCAGCGGUCAUUCCAGCAUGUCCUUUGCAGGCCUCGGAUUCCUCGCCUUGUACUUGGCCGGUAAACUGCAUCUAUUUGACACCCGGGGAUACGUCUUUAAAGCGUGGAUAUCUAUCACUCCCCUUGCCGGUGCAUUGUUCGUGGCAGUUUCGCGCACUAUGGACUAUCGUCACCACUGGCAGGACGUUGUGACUGGAUCUUCUCUUGGAUUUCUCCUUGCAUAUUUUUCGUACAGGCAGUAUUACCCUCACCCAGCAUCGGCAGAUGCACAUUUACCAUACGCUACCCGGUUCGAAGAUACCAAGAGUGUUGAAUUGGGUGGAAUCAGCGGAGCUGCGGAACCGUUGCUAAACAGCUAUGAUGAAGAUGACGAAGUGGUCAGCACGAGACGUAAUCCGAGGACUGGGAUUCGACGAUAAGCUUCGUUACAGUAUUUUAUUCUUGUACGUAAUUUUGCGCACUAGACAUCCUGGGCCAAAUUUACUGUUUAUCUGAAUUUCGAAAUAUUAGCACCUUACAAACUGUU